GACCUGGGCAUGUUGCUUACGUACCCCUUAUUUCUCAACCCUUUAGAGUUUGGAGACAUUCUCAUUAUAAUACACGCCACUAAACGCUCCUUCACCUAAUGCUAAAUUUCGUAUUGAUAUCGAUUAAAUGUGGGUUGAAAGGAAGUAAAGAAUGUACGAUGAUGGCCUGUACUCGGACACCACAUCGGAGUCUUCUCCAGCAACCAUACGUCGUCAGCCUGUAAAAUCGUCCCCCAAAAAUACUACUGGCAGUGACAUGAGUCAACUUUCAUCCAAGGACUUUCUCCCAGAAGACGGUUCUGAAGUCAAAAUGGAGAAAGCAAAUAAAGAGGGUGAAAGUGAACAGCCAAAAUCCAGCACAAAAGCUCGACCUCCUUCAGCCCCAAAGAAACAGACGUCCAAAGACACAAAACCUUCACAGGAAGAAGUUGAAGAUGACGAUGAUGAUGAAUAUGACGAAUUGAAUGUGGGAAAGAUUGAGGGGAUUUAUAAUCCAGAAGAUUAUAAAAAUCUGAACGUAACUGCAGAAAUCAAGGAACUGUUUGGAUAUAUUUCACAAUUUCAAUUGCCCCCUCUAAAUUCUGUCAAUGAUGUGAAACUCCACCCUUUCAUACCCGACUAUUACCCCAGCGUUGGAGACAUUGACGCGUUCAUCAAGGUUGUGGAGCCCGGAAUAAAAGAGGACGGUCUCGGGGUGAAAGUUCUCGAUGAACCAGCUCCCUUUCAAAGCGACCCUUCCGUCCUUGACCUACGACUUCGGGCCCUAGCGAAGCAAAACUCGGCUAAAACUGUAACGGUGAAAAAGGUAGAAAACUUGGGGAAAAAUACCAAAGUUAUUGAAAACUGGAUUAAAGACAUCAGUGACCUUCACCGAUCGAAACCAAGUCCUUCUGUCCACUACUCGAAACCCAUGCCAGACAUCGACAUUCUCCUUCAAGAAUGGAGUCCAGAAGUGGAAUCCCUGCUCAAAGACAUCCAACUCCCAAGUCCCGACCUCAACUGCGACUUGGCCGUGUACAUAGACAUCGUUUGUGGUCUGUUGGAUGUGCCCGUGUACAAGUCAAAAAUUCAGAGUUUGCACGUCCUCUUCACGUUGUACGCAACAAUGAAGCAGUUCAGUAGCCAGUUUAACAAUAGCACGAUGAAGCAAGAAGAUUACAUGCAAGUGUCGAAUUCACUACGAAUUUUGGAGGAAGAAGAUGGAGAUUCUGGAGUUGAUCGGCUUCACGUCUCAUGAAUAAAUUCUUGAACCGUCCAUAAUUAUCAUGUAAAGUGGUACCAGUAUAAUCUCGAGUCUCAUUAAACAGUUGUUUUAUCUAUUUAA